AUGGGUCCCCUCAAGGUCACAUACAAGGUGCACAGCUCGAGACUUAGCUUUUCCCCAGAGAAAACCAAGUCGAAAUUCAACAUCAAAUCAAAGGAAAUAGUCUCGAAGGUCAAAUCCUCAAAAUUUCUAUCGAAGAUCAAGACACUUAUGAAGAGGGAAAAGGUAGUUUUUGGACCAAUGACCUGGAUGGAAAGUUGGAUGGACAAUUGGAAAGACAACACUCCUGUCAUAUCGGCUUCUAAGGAGUUUUAUGGACUUCCACAAGGUGUUAUCGAACUCUUGUGGACCUAUAUCAUUGAAAGCGAUGAGAAGACGCAAAGCUAUGUUAUGAAGCCAAGUCUGAUGGAGAGUGUGUAUCAUUAUGAGCAUUGUACAGACAUUACAGAUGAAGGAUUCAAGGUUAAUAUGACUGGAGCUCGUACCUUACUGCGAAUCGAUAGCUUCUCUCGUUCACUUGCACUAAAGAAAUUUCGUGGAACUCUUCCUAUUUUCUACGUGCCAUUUAAGGAUAACGGAAUCCUUCGUUUCGAUCCAAAAAGAGACAUCAUCCACAUACAGGAUUUUCACCAUCUCGCUUUCCAAAUGACCCCAACGGCUGGAAUGGGUCUAAUGCUCGAUUUGGAGUAUUAUUAUCUUGCUGAUGACACUGCUUUGGAACUUUUGAAAUUUCAUCCAAAAUUUCGUUAUGUCAGAAGGCGCAUAUGGAUGGAACAUAUAGCGAAUCACAUUUAUGAUUUACUCUUUAUGUUCAAAUAUUGUAAAGAAUCCGUAAAAUCCUGUCAGCUAGCUCGGCUCUUGAAGAUAUUAAAGAACAGACACGAAUUGCCUUGCUCUAUAUGGGAUCAUUCUACAUCGAUACAGAAUCUUGUCAUUGAUAACCUCUCCAUAUUUACAUGUGCACUCAUCAUCUGUAAAUCAAUGGCCUUGGUAAAUGCCAAUACUGUCGGCGCCGUCAGGAUGCCUGAAUUUACAGCUGGAUUUGGGCCCGUAUCAAAGCUCUUCAAAUCCUUGCGCGAAGUUGGUAAUGUCGAAAAUCUUCGCUUUGGCAUAGGUGGUGAAUGGCACAAACUUUCUGAUGACAAACUUUUUAAUAAGGUACUGGAGGAGGAACCAGGUCUAAUUGAAUUUGCUUUAGAAAAUCUCGAUGGCUUCACCAAUGGAUUCUACAUUGGUUGA